CGAUGACUGAGCGCAGAGACAAGAGCUAUUCUGAGAAGUGACGAGCUACGGUAGACGUCGAGCUCAAAAAGAAAGCGCGAAAGAAGGUUGAAUGGUGCCGCAGGCCGGCGCCAUUUGAACCGACGAGCCAGGCGAAGGGACAGAUUUCCUCUCUCUCGAACACGCAAACGGGACCGGGUGUCCUGGUGUGUAGGGACAGGUGCGAAGGCGUGCCUCCACGAUGGGGGUCGCCGACGACUUCGCGCCCAGCUUCACGCAGAAGCCGCAGCUGCGGCAGGAGGACGACGGCAACCGGCUGAUAUUCGAGUGUCAGCUGGUGAGCUCGCCUAAACCCGAGAUCGCCUGGUUCCGCGGCGAGACCGAGCUCAGCCAGGAUGACAGGACCAACUUCAAGAUGCAGAGCGUCGGGACCAACAAGUUCCUGGUGGUGCUCGAGCUCGACGACGUUAUCGAGACCGACGCCGGCCUCUACAAGGUCAAGGCGAAGAAUAAGAUGGGCGAGGUCGCCGCCUCUAUCAAUCUUAACUUUAGUCCAAUGGAUGAGCCUAGAGAGAAACAAAUUGACGGCAUCGCGCCGACUUUCGCGAAGAAACCCGCGAUCAGGCAGGAGGACGACGGCAAACGGUUGCUCUUCGAGUGUCGCAUCACAGCCGAUCCCACGCCGAAAAUCACAUGGUUUCACACUGGGAACAUGGUCAAGGAUUCGCCAAGGCACAAGCUGACCGUCGAUAAAGAUGGCCACUCGUACUUCGCCACCCUGGAAAUAAAAAACGUGACCGUCGAGGAUGCUGGCAAAUAUAAGGUCACAGCGAAGAACGAGCUUGGCGAAUCUAACGCCACGAUUUCCCUGAAUUUCGACAGCGACGAGGCACCCGUUCCCGAAGACGGUAUUAAACCGACCUUCACCGAACGACCGGUUAUAAGACAAUCCGACGACGGUAACACCAUCACCUUUGAAUGCCGACUUGUCGGCGAUCCGAAACCAAGUGUCAAGUGGUAUCACGGUACCGAGGAGGUGAAAGAGGGCGGACGGUUCAACAUGUCCCUGGAGCUCGAUCAGAAGCUGUAUCAUCUCGUGAGGCUGAGGAUCGACAGCGUGGCGAAGGCGGACGCGGGCGAGUACAGAGCCGUGGCGAAGAACAAGCAUGGCCAGGGAGUGGCGACCAUUAAUCUAAACUUCGAGGGUGGCGACAGGCUUAAAAUACCGGACGGUAAGCCGCCGCGAUUCCCGAAGAAACCGACGAUCCGCCAGGAGGGCGACUUACUCAUCAUGGAGUGCAUUCUGGAGGCACAUCCGGUGCCGGACAUAACGUGGUACCAGGGUCAGAAAACGAUCGCCGACAGCAAGCGCGUGAAAAUGUUGCGCAAGGCCACCGGCAAGGACACGUACCUGCUGACCCUCGAAAUCUCGAAUCCAACCAAGGCCGACGGCGGAAAUUAUCGUUGCAACGCCUUUAACAGCUUCGGCGAGAGUAACGCCAACAUCUCCCUCAACUUCCAAGAAGAGGGCGCGGGUCUUGCUCCGUCCUUCGUCGAAAAACCUCGCAUCAUCCCGAACGAAACUGGCACGUUGAUCACCAUGAAGUGCAAGUGCAAAGCAAAUCCCAAACCGGAGGUCACGUGGUUCCGCGGCACCAACGUAGUCAAGGAGUCAUCGAAGAUCUCGAUCAAGACCAAUACAGUCGAGGAGGACAUCUACGAACUUAUUAUGGAAAUUAAGGACCCGUCGGGACCGGAUGGCGGAACGUACAGGUGUCACGUGAAGAACGAGCACGGGGAGAGCAACGCCAAUCUGAAUUUGAAUAUCGAAGCGGAACCGGAACCGGAAGGAGACGGGCCGACGUUCGUGGAGAAGCCGCGAAUACAGUCGCAAAACAAGGGCAAGCUCGUCAUCAUGGAUUGCAAGGUGAAGGCGAAGCCGAAGCCGCAGAUCGUGUGGACCCACGCCGGCAAGGUGGUGAAGGAAUCUUCGAAGAUCUCCAUCAGCAUCGUCCAAGAGAAGGAUGACAUCUAUUACAUCAAAUUGACUUUGAACGAUCCAGGACCAGACGAUUCCGGUCUGUACAAGUGCAACAUCAAGAACGAACUCGGUGAACUCAACGCUAAUCUUACGUUGAACGUCGAGAUUAUACCCGUAAUUAAGGAGAAACCGAAAGUUGUGAAGAUUGUCAAAAAGAAGACCGUAGUGGUCGAAUGCCACGUUCUUUCCCAAUUUGCGCCCGACUGCACUUGGUUCAAGGAGACUCAGGUCGUUAAACAGGAUAGCAGGCACAAGUAUCAUGUCGAGCAAAUCAAAGAAGGUGAAUUUACCGUCAAACUCGAAAUCGAACAAAUGUCGGCGACAGACAAAGGCGUGUACAAAUUAGUGGCACGCAACGAAAAGGGAGAAGCUACAUCGCAAGUAGUGGAAGUGACAGAAAUUCCAGAUCAAGGAGAGAAACCGAAAAUUGCUACCGGCCUCAAAUCAAUUACUGUCGAGGAAGGCAAGACGGUCGAACUCAUUGCCAUUCUCUCAACACAAGAUCGGAAAGUCACCGUCACGUGGUACAGAGAUUCGACAGUCGUCAAAGCGACGAAGGACAUCAUGAUCUCUUUCAAUGGCCUGGACAUGAAACUGACUAUUACCUCGGCAUCGACAGAAUUGUCAGGAACGUAUAAAGUCGUCGUAAGCAACGAAUAUGGAGAAGACGAAUCGUCAGCCCGACUUGUCGUUAAAAAGAAAGAGGAGAAGAAGAAGACGAAGAGGGUAAUAAGUUCGAUAUCGGACGACGAGGAUGAAGGAUCAGAGGAAGAAUAUGAAGAAGAGGAAGAAGUGGUGAGUGUAAUUGAGUCCAGCAUUAUCAGCACAGAAGCUAUUCUCGAAGAAUCGGACUCUGAAGUAAUCUUUCGCGUCGAGGAUAAGCCUGAUCUGAAACAGAAUGGUAUCUAUAAACCAGAGAUUGGGAAGUGUACGUAG